AUGCCUGCUUCAACAGUUCGGCAUCUCGAGAGCUCAAAGACCUAUAGAUAUGUAACUGAGAAGCCGAGAAUAGAUAUGAUAGAUCUUGCAAACCAUUAUAAUGCUGUGAACAACAAUCCAUUGUGGGCGACGGGUUUUCAAAAUUUCCCAGCCAAUGAUGCGUUUUUUAACAGGCCUAUUGGAGCGGCACUGGGAAACAUUCGUUUACCUAAUAAUGGUCAGCAAGACAACGGCAUUCUCCAGAAUCCUGCAAUUCUUCCUAAUCUGUCAGACAAUCGAGACAGUCACCCGUUUUUGGAGAGGCAUUCCGAAGAAUUCCAUCUGACGAAUCCAGUUUUUCAAACACUUCUUGGAACUUCACUCGUGCAUCCCGCCGAUGGCGGAAAUAAUUCAGGAAUUCCUAUUCCGAAAACCAGUGGAGAUUUUCCUGCAGAGUCAAGUAUUGGGCAAAAUAAUAAUGACGUUGGACAAAACCAGUCAGGUGACUUUGCACAGUCAACCACAUCUACCCAAACUGAGUCGUUUGACCAUUUUAAUCCUCUUCCACCUGUUGUACCAACAAGUGGAAAUUCUCAUGACCGUGGUAGGGUUUGUGUGAAUUAUCCCUUUGCAUUGUCAACCACUUCUACCCAGACUGAGUCGUUUGACCAUAUUCCUCUUUCACAUGUUGUAUCAUCAAGUGGAAUUUCUCAUGACUGUGCUAAGGUUUAUGUGAAUCAUCCUGGUGACGGACGUGGAACUACAUUUGUAGAUGAAGAAAGUUUACCGGAGGAAAGUCGUACUCUAUCACAGUACGAGGGCAGUCGUACCGCUUCGGUUGAACCCUUCGAUAAUACAGCAAAUCGUGCACAGUUUACGAAAGAGCUACCACUUUCGAACAAAGAGGGAUCAGGUGGUUUCGGAGGAAAGCAACUGAACUCACUCAUAGUUUGUUUAUUAUUUGAAUAG